UGCCCCCUAUUUUAUUUUUUUAUUUUUUUUAUUUAUUUUCUCGUCUACCUUUUUUUUUUUUCUUUUUAUAUAUAUUAACUCUCUCCAUUUUUCUCUCUUUUUCGAUUAGAAGAUGGGACACAUCUCAAGUUUGUGCGUGAAUCAAACUCCCCAUCAAGCCCCGUCACGAGGCCAAUCGGACGGUGUUAGAUUCACGCACAAACUCGCGAUCUGUCUCCUCUAAAAAAAAAAAAAAAGAAAAAUUAUUAUUAUUUUCUAAAAAGAAUUUGUUUGGCGCCAAUUUCGAUUUGGGUUUUCAUUGUUUUUUUAUUUAUUUUCCCUCCUUGUUACAGUGUAUGAGAGAAAGAAGGUGUAAUUGGAAGGGAGAUUUCGGAGAUUUUAUUUUAUUUUAUUUUUGGUUGGUAAUCAAAUCGAAUGGCUACGAGAGACGGAGAUGGGGAGGCGUCUUUGUCUCGAGAGACGGACGAUUUGGAGUCGUUGAUUUCGAUGACCGAUGUAGAGCGCUUGAAGACCGCUUGGCGUCAAGAAAAAGCUGCGCCGGAGAUCUUGCAGUUCGAAGCUGCUUUGAUUCAGAGAGUUAGAGAACAGAUUCAAUUGAUGGAAGAGACAAUAGAGGAUUUUGUUGAGAAUAGUGCUGAUCCGCUCACUGUGUCACUUUACCAAAUGGACCUGGAUAGGACACAAUUCUUACUGAGAUCGUAUCUUCGGAUUCGCCUCCAGAAGAUUGAGAAAUACAUGUUCCACAUCUUAAAUACUGAUGAGCUAUUCAACCGUCUUUCUAGAGAAGAGAAGUGGUUUGCUGAAAGGUGUUCUAAUGAUUUGAAGAUGCAUCUUGAAGAGGGUAUUCUAUCAAAGCUGCCUGGUGGUUAUCAGUCUAUACUCAAGCAAACAAUAAUAAGCGAAGAGACUGACAUGGUUAGGGGAGAGGAAAUCAAUUCUCAGUACAAAAUACAAUUCUUCCAGUUCAUAUUCUCUGAAAAAACAAAAAUAGCAGGCUUAGGUUGGCUGAUGUUUACUCCUGCAAAAACUUGACAAAUUGCUAAGAAUGCUAAGUCCCUAAACCGCAAUUGGAUGCUUUUGUCGUCUGCAAAACCAAGUAUUUUCUUGGACAUAUCCAGCUCGAGGACAUCAACAACGGGAAUACAGGCGGGGG